GCAGACGCACGCAAAGUUUGGUGACAUUUAGUAACUAGAACACUUUCAUGUACACGCAUUAUCCAAACAUUUCUAGAGAGGUGCUAUUGCUUCAUAAGGAUCUUCGUUCAUAAGGAACCUGGCUUUCGGAAGGACUUCUAUUAUUUGUCAUCGUAUUAGUAUUUUUGACUCCGUGUUUUGAAGGUGGAAGAGUUCUUUCGUUAAACGUUUUCCAGUCAUGUUUAUUAUUCUGUUUACUUUGUUCCUCUUUUGCUUUGGGAUGUAACAAGGAAUCCUUUCUUUAUCAUUAUUUAUUCAUUCAUUUAUUUUUAUUUUUUGGUGGGAUGCAUCUGUCUUUUUAAAUGUUGUGAUUUAGGCUAUCCUUUGGGGUUGCGAACAAACAUUUCUAACAGUUUGUCGUUUUUUUGUAAUUUAUUUUUUGUGUAAUUCCUACAUUACACAAUAUGUUGCUUUUCUAACCGGCGCGCCAAACCUUUUCAUGGCGCUGGAGCUGUUCAUAGCAUCAAUAUCACGUAACGCUGCAUUUGGAUGCACAUGUGUUUUUUAAAUCAUAGACAGUAAGUGGCACUUGAACCCUGCGAUGCAUAAGUUCUGCCUCACCGUACUGCUGGUGCUGCGCGGACUCAUCAUCUGCAUCUGUUCCAGCGAUGAAGCACAGCACCCUGGACUGUACAAGGACACACCUGUGACCUCAGAUCCAUGUCUGCAAGUGAGCCCUCCGUGUAUGACAGAGGCUGACCGCUUCAGCCUGGAGGCUCUUCAGCACAUCCACAGAGAGAUGGAUGACGAUCAGGAUGGAGGCAUUGAGGUGGAGGAGAGUGUCGAGUUCAUCAUUGAAGAUAUGCAGCAGCAACAACAGGCAAACAAGCACAGUAAACUCCAUCACGAGGACCAGCAUAUCACUUUGGAGGAGCUUUGGAAAGGCUGGAAAUCUUCUGAGGUUCAUAACUGGACUCAGGAGGAUGUCUUGAGGUGGCUAAGAGAGUUUGAUGAGUUGGCUCAAUAUGAAAAGGGCUUCAAAGAGCUGCGUGUCAAUGGGAACACCUUGCCCAGAAUUGCUGCCAAUGAGCCAUCAUUUAUGAGCACUUAUCUGAAGAUCCAGGACCAGCAACACAAACAAAAACUCAAGCUCAAAGCUCUGGAUGUAGUGCUGUUUGGCCCACCUACACGACCCCCACACAACUGGAUGAAAGACCUGGUUCUGAUAGUGUCAGUAGUAAUGGGUGUUGGUGGAUGCUGGUUUGCACAAGUACAGAAUAAAGCAUCUAAGGUACAUAUUACAAAGAUGAUGAAGGACCUGGAAAGCUUGCAGAGAGCUGAACAAAGCCUCAGAGACUUACAGGAGCAGUUGGAAAAGGCCCAGGAAGAGAAGCGCACCGUGGCGGUAGAGAAGAAGAAUCUAGAGGAAAAGAUGAGGGACGAGAUUCAGGGUGCUCAGGAAGAGGCCAACCGCCUGCACAAACUCCGAGAUGGAGCAGUGAGUGAACUCACCCGUCUUUGGUAUGCAGAAGAAGAGCUCGGACAGGUGCGUGGUGCAUUGAAGAGGGCCGAAAAAGACAUGCAGUCCUGUUGGUCAGUUCCUGAAACUUUGCAGCUGUGGCUACAGCUCACCCAUGAGGUGGAGGUCCAGUACUACAACAUCAAGAAGCAUAGUGCAGUACAACAACUCGUUACAGCGAAAGAUGAGGCUGAGAAGAUCAAGAAAAAAAGGAGUUCUUUGUUGGGUACACUAUAUGUUGCUCAUAGCUCCUCAUUGGAUCAAGUGGAUCAGAGAAUUCUGGAGGCCAAGAAUGCACUAGCAGAGGUGACUGCUUGUCUACGGGAGCGUCUGCACCGGUGGCAGCAGAUUGAGAGCUUGUGUGGUUUUCCUGUGAUGAAAAAUGCAGGCCUACCCAGUCUCACUGCUUCACUCUACCCAGACCCCAACUGGAUGCUAAUGCCCCGGGCUGCAAUUCAGUCCUAUCAAAUGCCUGUUUCGGUGGAGGACAUGGAAGAAGAAAUGCAGCAGAUUAUACCUCCGAUUCCUGAUUUGCUGAGUGUCCCUCUUUCUGACAGGGAGUCUAUGGAAACAUCUUCAGAUACAGAUUCUAUGGGGUCCUCCAUCAACAGAAUGUACAGCACCCUUGAUGUUUCUCCUCGAAGAAAAUACAUUUUCUCUGACAACAUGCCCCGAAAGAUCUCCCUGGAUGAACAAGAGGACAGCCCCUCCCGCAAGAUCUCCGAGGAAGAGAUGGAUGAAUCUUUGGUGAACACCUUAAGGAAAGUUUCACGAGACGAACUUGAUACUCCAUCAAGAAAGACAUCUAGAGAUGAACUAGAGGCCACUGUGGACCAUCCUAAACAAUUGGGUAGAGGAGAAACUGAGGCUAGCAUCGAUUCAAGGAAAUUCCCCAGGGAUCUACCUUUGGAUUCCACAAUGAGGUACUACUCUACAGAAAAGAUGUGUCCAGUAGCGAUCAGCAUGGAUAGUCAGAGACAACGAUCACUCAGAGACAGAAAAGACCAUAUGGACAGCAUUUCAAAAGUGAUACCAAAAGCAGAGCUCAAUAUAGACACCACAAGUGGAACAAGAUAUUCAGAUGCCUUAAUGAACACUUCCAUUAAACACAAAGAAAACCUGGAUUUUCCAACCAGUAUCCAGCGAGGAAGAGUGUUUAGGGAAAGCUCCUUUGAUGCCACCUUUGAUAGUUCAGUGGAAAGCUCGAAACAAUUAAAAAUGUUAGGCAAAACAUAUUCAUCCAAAGACAUCCCUUCACGAAUGAUGGCACAAGAUGAUUUUGAUGUGUCCACGGAUUUCGAAAGACAGAAAAUAAGAGAUAUUUCAAUGGAUACGGCUUCAAAAAACAUACUGAAAGAGGAGUUUGAGAGAAGCAAAUCCUUUAAAGAGAACAGGGAAAUUCCCUCAAAAAAAAUCUCUCGAGAUGAGCAAGACAUUGCAAUGGAGACGCAACGAAUACAACGUAAGAUAGACAGCUCUGUGGAAACUCCCAUUGGUAAAAUACAGAGAGAGAUGGUGGGUCUAUCUGUGGAGGCUCCAAGGUGUAAGAUAUCGCAGGAAGAAUUCCUGGUUACGAACCCUGGACAGUUUGGCCCGUCUGACCUAACCGUUUGCUCCUUGAUGCUCUGGAAAUCAGCCUCAGACUCGCUCAGCACACUAGUGUAUGAUGGCAUUCUAGAAAAGUCCUACGGGAACCCUCUCAUGCCUAGUCCUGAUGAUCUCAGUCACGCGGCUUCAGUGUCUUGUUCUUUCCAUAGCCUUCUCGGAAAUGAAGGUCAAUCUGCAAAUGUCUACUUCAGAAUUUGGUGGUAAAGACAAGGGCAAGACAUCUUCAAAGCUCAAGAAUAUAUUCAAAAAGAAAAAGGAUUUAGAAAAAUAUAAAGACUCAUAAAGGUCAACAACAAGUAGGAAUUCAGACACUUUUAAAAGGCCAAAGUCUCUUAUAAAACUGGCUUGGAAAGCUGCCUUGUAAACUAGAACAUAAGCAUAGCUAAACAUGUUGAAUGGAGUAACCUUGGAUUUUCUUGCAAAAGGGUUUUAGAUAAGCAGGGCCCUCAGCUAAACGGAUGCAAUCUUGUGAAACAAGGAGCAGAACUGCACUUUUCCAACUUGGAUUCAGAGAUACUGUAUUACGUAAGAUGGUCUGUCCUGUGAAGCUGCCGAGAUAUUAAUUGCACAUUUUUCUUUCUUUAUUGUGGGAUCUAUUCAUCAUUUGAAAUAAUUUGCAAUGACAUGGACAUGUGGAGUUUUUGCUCUGAUGAACUGAGACUUUUGCAUAUUAACAAAUCAUUGUAGCAUUGAAGACACAAUCACAACAUGCUCAACCUAUUUAUUUGAUUACUAAAGUUUUCACAAAAUGUCAGGAAAAAAGAAGACAAAUCCAAAUGACUACUAAAGGUUGCCUAAGAUACUGUAUUUACAACAGGACUAGCAAAAAUUGUAUAUAAAAAUA